CGCUUCUUGUAGUCCACCUAGCUACAGGCCCUCAGAUCCCUGCUACCGAGCCAUGGAGGCAGACGCGAGCCAUGCACCCACCACCUCUUCCUCCUCCGUCUCCUCGUCGACAUUGUCCACCUCCUCCUCCUCCUCCUCCCUCGCCACCAGCGCGCUAGAGCUCCCCAAGAGCCCCAAGCCCAAGCACCCCAAGAAGCGCAAGAGAGCCGCCUCCGACCGAGAGCAGGACGCCGCCGCGAACACCAAUGGUGUCCGUGGAGACGAGAGCAGCUGCUGCAGCACCGACGAAGACUUCGCCGCCGCGAGCGUCAAGGCGGCCGUGCCCAAGAGCGGCUUCAAGCACCCGUCGUACCGCGGGGUGCGGCGCCGGAGCUGGGGCAAGUGGGUGUCCGAGAUCCGCGAGCCGCGCAAGAAGUCGCGCAUCUGGCUCGGCACCUUCCCGACCGCCGAGAUGGCGGCGCGCGCCCACGACGUGGCCGCGCUCGCCAUCAAGGGCCGCUCCGCGCACCUCAACUUCCCGGAGCUCGCGCACGAGCUGCCCCGCCCGGACUCCACGUCGCCCGCGGACAUCCAGGCUGCCGCCGCGAAGGCCGCCGCCACCGCCGCCGUGCAGUGCGAGGCCGAGCCCGAGCACGAGCACGAGCCGGAGACGCCGUCGUCCUCCUCCGGCGCCGUCUCGGAGACACCGGAGGCCGCAGCCUGCGCCGAAGCGGCGCCCGCGGACAGCGGCGAGGUCGACAAUGCGCUGUUCGACCUGCCCGACCUCCUUCUGGACCUGAGGGACGGGCUCUUCUGGUCGCCGGUCUGGCCGGCGGCGCUGGCCGCCGAGGAGUACGACGGCGGCUGCUGCGUCGGGCUCAGCGAGCCUCUCCUGUGGGCCGAGUAGGAAUAUAUUCUUUUUACCGUUCUGGGCUCAUGAAUUGCUUUGCUAGUGUACUAGUAUAGCAAAAGAUUUAGUGGUAGCAGUAGCACUGCUAUUGGAAAAAAGUUAUCGUCAGCUGUUUGUGAGUCUUCUUCACUCGACCAUGAAACAUGUGUGCCUUUUUUUUAUUGCUAUCAACCAAAGAAGCUUUGCCAGACACGAUGGACUUCCCCGGAAAAGAAGACGCAGGUUUACUCCACAAGUUUGCAAUUGCUUUAGAUGAUUGCUCAGUUGAUGGACACCCCUGCAUCUAGCUACACGGUGGGCCGCCGUUUACUGGUAGCUGUUAGAAGUUAAUGAGUUGGACGCAUUUGCAAUUAUUUUGUUAUUUUGAUGGUGAUAUUCAUAUGCUGUUGCCCGGUGAGUCGCCGGCCGGUUGCAAGUCGUUUUAUGGCCGGUGAAACAGUAUCAUAUACUCCAAGCAAGAAAAUCAGACCGGAGCGAACUGUGGACUGUUUCCUUACUGAUUUCACAAACGAGUUUGGCAGUGAGGAAUGUA